AAAAGCGCGCUGGCUUCAUUUUAAAGCGUUUGCUGAAGCCCCUUUUUUGCAGAGUCUUGCUUGCAGUCGAUAAGCAAAUGGAGUGCACAAGAUGGGAUCCGAUGAGGACCGUGUCCCAGAGAAGGAGUUAAACAGCGUGAACUCGCACCCGCUUCAUUUAAAGUACUCAAUCACCCAUGCGACGUCAUUCUGGUCCGUGUGUAGUUUCCUGUUAACUGCGAGCACGUCAGCUGAUCUGUAUAGACCUCACGUUGAAUGCAUGUAUGGGAUGUUGGAGAGCGAUGAAGGCAGUUAGCAGUUACAAAUCAGGCUACGCGGUUGCAACCAAUAACAGGCACUACACGCAGCACUGAUAAUACUACUCUACAUGGAGGAUCGAGAUUGGGCUGCUUCCUACAGCUUAUACGUGACUGACUCUUCGCAUCUUCACAUGGUGAACUGAACCCCUGUUCUCACCACACAUGGAUAAAGGGUGGUUUAUUGGACUUGAGAGGAUUCCUCCAGCACAGUCUGAACAGAGGAGGUCAUGUGUUACUAUUAACCUGACUGAAAUGCUCCGGGCUGACAAGCCUAAUGUGCAGAAGAAGCCAGUUCCAAUCCGUCCCCCGAGCCCCAGAGUUUCAUUCCCAAAACAACAGUUUCACCGCAGUCUCUCCUGUGAACCUACGCCUAAACCCAUCAUCCGUCAGCGGUCGCACUCGCUGCCUUCUGCCACUGACAAGAAGAAGCAGUGCAGAAGUGUUGGCGUACGGUUUGUUGACUCUUUGGGACUGGACCUGGAAGACGUCAAGAUUUUUAAAUCGGGAGAGGAUCCACUUGUGCCCCAUCAUGUUACCUUUAGACUGUUGAUGAGUGCAGAGAUGGCAGAUGGAAGGCAUAUGGAGAUUUCUUUGCCAUACCUGAAGCCAGCAUUUGCCCAGCAACCUGGAGACCAUCCAGGAUUCCUGCAUCGUCUCCAUGAGCAGAAAGUUUGUCUUGAAAGAGUCUUGUGUUUUGAGUUGGGGGUCAUCGGAAUCACCCAAGUCCUCAAUUUGGACUUUGAGAAAGAUGUGACGGCUCGUUAUUCUUUUACAGGAUGGAAGAGUUGUGCAGAAGCUAAGGCCUCUUGGGUGUCCAGCAUCACUAAGAACUGUGAGGGCAGAAUGGGCCAAAUCAGCUGCGAUACAUUUCGUUUUCAUCUGCCUGUACCUCCAUUCCUGCAACCAGAAGCAGUGUUAGAGUUUGCCAUUCAGUACAAAGUCUGUGGUGCUGAGUACUGGGACAACAACAAUGGAAAGAAUUAUAAAUUAAUUUGCAAGAACUACAAGCUCUCUGUGCCCAAAGAAUGCGAGGAUAGCAUGGUGCACUUCACUUAGUUAGUAUGCACACAAAAGGGAGAAGAGUUUGAGCAUUAGAACACUUAAUGAUUACAUGUAGCAAUAUCUAUACAAAAAACACUCGGUAAACACAUCUGUCAAGGCCGUUUGGGGUCAUUUUUGCAAUUUUUAACCAAUCUGCAUAAAAAAUACGUUUUUGAGCGUGCUAUAGCUUGCCAUAAAAUCCUUUGGGAUUUGUCUUUUUGGGGGGUAUUUUAUGUGUAAUGUUAAUGGCAAUAAGAUAAAAUGCACUGAUGGAGGCAUAACCACACACAGGAAACUGUUGAUGCUCUUAGUAGUGCUGGCAUAAUAGCAGUUUGAAUAAAACA